UCUCGUCGGUUCCGCAGCACCGAGGCCGAUUGGGCGACCAACACUCUCGUUCUCAAAACGAAGUGUGGACAAACGUAUCACGUACCUUUCAUAGGUACCACUGCGACACCACGCCCCGAUCCUCCUCCCCCGGAGCCCUCCGUGCCCAUACCAUCUCCUUCUAUCACCGUCACCUCGCCUCGGCAGUUCGCCCACUUCAUCCGACAGGACGACGUCACCUUGUUUAUGGUGAACGUGAUGGAUCUCUUACACUAUGAUCCACCCUGUCCCGACGUCGAACUCAUCCCUCUGGAGCCAGAUCUCCUUCUAUCUCCAUGACUCCCAUCUCUACUUCCGUCCCUCCGCCAUCCGUCGAGUCCACCACGCCGUCGCCAGCUGACGCUGACGCUGAGGAACUCGCACGAUAUACUGCUGACCUGGAGCCCGCAGUUCGUGACCUCAUUCGAGAGUACCACGACGUUUUCCCAUCGUCGUUCUCGUAUGCAGGCAUCCCACCGAUGCGCGACGUAGAGCACUCCAUCCAGCUUGUGCCUGACUAUCGUGUUCACCACCAGGCACCCUACAGACUCUCGAUCCCCGAGGCCACCGAACUCAAGCGUCAGCUUGAGGAGCUCCUGAGACUGGGUUUCAUUAAACCCAGCAACUCCCCGUGGGGUGCACCCGUCCUCUUUGCUUUCAAAGCGGAUGGAACUCUCCGUCUCUGCAUCGACUAUCGCGGUCUCAACCUCUACACGGUUAAGAACAGCUACCCCAUGCCUCGUUCCGACGAGUUGUUCGACCACCUAGCAAGCAACCGCUUCUUUACGAAGAUUGAUCUUCGUAGCGGUUACCAUCAGAUCCGCAUCGCUGCAGCCGACCAGCCGAAGACAAAGUUCCGAUCGCGCUUCGGCCACUACGAGUUCACGGUGAUGCCAUUCGGCCUCACCAACGUACCCGCUACCUUCCAGAGGGCGAUGAAUAACAUCUUCAGGGACAUCCUGGAGCAGUACGUUCUCGUCUACCUCGACGAUAUCCUGGUCUACAGUUGUACCUUUGAGGAGCAUCUUAGACACCUCUGCGACGUCCUUGACCGCUUGCGCAGACAUGGCUUCUAUGCCAAGCUGAGCAAGUGCCGCUUUGCCCAGCACAAAGUGGAUUUCUUUGGAUACUACGACACUAGAGAGCCCCGUAUUUGCGUUCCCUCCACUGGACAGCUACGUGUCCGAGUAGUAGCAGAGUUCCAUGACCAGGCAACUGCCGGUGAUAUGGGCUUCCACAAGACGUUGGCUCGUGUGAGCCGCCUGUACGUCUGGCCGAAGCGCAAGGACUUUGUGAAGGACUACGUCGCAGAGUGUCCCACCUGUCAGGAGGUGAACAGUGCGAACCACCAGCCUUAUGGUUUGCUCCAACCUCUUCCUAUCCCUGAGGGUCGUUGGCAGUCCAUCUCGAUUGACUUUAUCUGUCCUCUUCGUCCUCCGACCCCCCGCGGUCAUGAUGCUAUCCUGGUCAUCGUCGACCGCUUCACGAAGUGCGCACUCUUUGUUCCGUGCCGCUAUGCCAUCAGUGCACGUGAGGUCGCCGACAUCGUGUUUGACCGAUUCGUGCGUGACCACGGCUUACCUCUGAGCAUCAUAUCUGACCGUGACCCGCGCGUUACGAGCCGAUUCUGGCGACGUCUCCACGAGGUUUACGGCACCCAGCUCCGCUUCUCCUCGUCUUACCAUCCCCUGACUGAUGGUCAGACCGAGGUCACGAAUAGGACUCUCGGAGACAUUCUUCGAAAGAUUGCUCGUGACGACCAGCAAUGGGAUCUCCAUCUUGCCCACGCGGAGAUAGCCUACAACCACGCCGUCUCGCCAGCCAYGGGGAUGUCGCCUUACUAUUGUGACCUCGGCUAUCACCCUCGUGUUCCCACGAACUUCCUUCGACCGUCACAGAUGCACCCCGACACGAGUUGUCCCGCGCUGGAUGAUUGGGUUGCACACAUGACGUUGAUCAUGAAGACCGCACAUGAGCACAUAGCCGCUUCCCAGACUCGCAUGGCAGCACUUGCGAACCGAUCGAGGAUGGAUCAUCCAUUCAAAGUCGGUGAUGAUGUGCUUAUCGACGCCCGCCACUUACAGCUCGAAGCGGACACGCUUCGCAAGUUUCGACGUCGCUUCUUUGGCCCAUGCCGCAUCCUCUAGGCCGUCGGUUCUGAUACGACAUCUAGCCCGGUCAGCUUCCGUGUGAAGCUGCCCCACUACCUACGUCAGGCUCGUGUGCACGAUGUCUUCCACGUCUCAUUACUGCGUCCUUACCGCAGACCGUCUGAGCGUUUCACUGAACGACCAUACAAGCGCCCCCCACCCAUCAUGGUGGACGGUCACGAGGAGUUCCUCGUUUCAGACAUCAUUGGUCGCCGAGUCACCGACGACA